AGGCUGGCGCAUUCCAUUCAACGCUGGCAACGAAUGCGAGGCAUUGAAACCUCCUCCGCAGCUGCUUUUCCUGUGCCCUCUCCUUACGAACUAACGACAGGACGCCUCGUCCUCCUGCUGCUCCUGGCCUGGCCUGGCCUGCCUGCCCACCAUCUCCUUGGGAGCCUGAGAGGGAGUCAAAGAACGCUCCUCUGUGCCUCGCUCGUCGCGCUCACUCGCUCCUCAACUCUCCAGAGGAAGACUCGGGUGGUGGUGAGGUGUGGUCGAUUCCAUUGUUCUCCUGCCUACCUGCCAUGCGCGAGAGACAGAGGCCGAAAGAGAGCGAAGGACCCUGACCUGGAUUGUGCUGAUCUCGACCUUCUCAUUUUCUCUAAAGCUGGAAGAGGAGAGACAGCUGCAGCCAGACAGAGACAGGAGCAGGGGAGAGUGAGGCGGAGCCAGGGGCAGACGAGGGGAGAGAUAGAGAGGGAGAGAGAUAGAGAGAGGAACGAGGGAGAGGGAGAGAGACGCACGAAGAGCGGCAGCGGCAGCCAAUUUGGAGUCAUUGGCAAUUGCUACUGUCUGUUCGUCAAUCAUCGUUGUCGUCGGGCAUUCGAAAGGUUUUCUUUUUUCUCUUUGGAGCUGGUUUCUUAGUUUCGUAGUCGACAGGAAAACUUGAGGUGCCCGACUUACUCUCGCUCGCUCUUUCGUUCGUUCAUUCUCGCCAGUAGGCACUAGAGCGAGCCAUAGUCUGCUUAGCUCGAGACGGUUCUGCUGGAGAUCGGGGCAUGUCCCAUCGCCUCUGUAUCACCCGAAAGUCGUGGGUCGCAGGGAAACCAUAGCGGAUUUUGGGCAGGCUUGGGAGGAUCUGCACCUCCGACCGAGGUUUUCGCGGCUUUGGAUACGUUUCUGAUGCGCAGUGGUUCUGGACGUGUCUAUUUCCGUAGCUUUUAUUGGUCGUAGGGCAUGUGAGGGACGUAGGAUCUUUUGUAGAGAGUCCGAGAGACAAGUGUGUCAGCACAUUGCCCUCCAAGGACAUUUGCUCUACGCCAGUCUGAACGGUCUCGAUUGCCCGAGAAAAAGUAGUGUUCGCAACUGCUGUUCCGCGAGCACACACGAGAGAAGGGAGAGGAUAGGAGAGAGAGUGGGAGGGAGAUUGAUUUUGGGAUUGCUUGAUUUCUGCAGAAGUAACCAAUGGCGCCGGUGCAGCUAAAGCUGCGUAAGGCGCUUGGCGUAGUGAAGGACCAAACCAGUAUUCAGCUGGCCAAAGUGGUCGGUUCACCAGAUCUGGAUGUUGCUCUCGUCAAAGCGACCAGUCACGAUGAAGUUCCCACUGACGAGAAGUAUAUGCACGAGCUCUUGCACUACGUCUCGUACUCACGCGGCUACACUAGUGCAUGUAUCGCAGGUCUGGCGAAGAGGCUUAGCAAAACUCACAAUUGGAUAGUCGCCUUGAAGUCUCUUAUGGUUAUUCAUCGGUUGCUGCGGGAUGGGGAUCCCUUAUUUGAGCAGGAGCUUAAUCAAUCGGGUAGUCGUUACGGGGUUCGAAUCCUUAACAUGUCCAACUUUAGGGACGACUCGGCGUCGAAUGCCUGGGACUACUCUGCGUAUGUUCGAACUUACAGUUUGUUCCUCGAUGAGCGUCUCGAAUGCCUAGCUCUCUUGGGCAUGAGUAGGGCUGACAGAAAAUCGCCCGAUGGUAGAGAAGGUAGGAGGUCCCCUGGAUAUGAUAACAGGAGGACCCCCAGGGACGAACGCAGCAGGCAUAGCAGCUACGGUGGUGAAUACGAUGAUGACCGCCGAGAUGGAAGUUCUAGGAACGGGAAUGGAAAUAAGGGGAACGUCCCAAUGAAAGAGAUGAACACGGAAAUGCUCUUAGACAAGCUCCCAAGGCUGCAGAGGUUGCUGGAGCGCGUCCUCGGUUGCCGUCCCACAGGGGCUGCACGGGUCAAUCGGCUAAUCCAGAUCGCUCUGUAUUCAGUGGUCACGGAGAGCUUCCAGCUGUAUGCCGAUCUGAGCGAGGGCUUGAGUCGUCUCGUCGACGGCUUCUUCGAGAUGGAGCACUCGACUGCAGUCAAGGCAUUCGACGUCUACAAGCGAGCUGCCAAGCAAAAUGGCGAUCUCACGUCAUUUUACGCUCUGUGCAAAGACAUCGGUGUGGGUCGCUCAUCUGAGUACCCCAGCGUGAGCAGAAUUUCAGCGGAUCAGCUCGAUGAGUUGGAGGACCACUUGAGGGAUGGCCGCACGGCGCUCGUAGUACGUAAGGAGAAGAGCCCCGAACCUCAGCCUAGACCCAGGAGCCCUUCUCCUGAGCGUACCUACGAGGACUCGAUGGCUAUGAAGGCUCUUCCUGCUCCCCCAGUCGUGGAAGAGCCGGUACCCGAGGAGCCCAAGCCCGAGGUCAAGGAGCCCCCUCAAACAAAUGCAGAUCUAUUGAAUCUAGGAGAAGGUGCUCUGACUGCUGAGGAGCAAGAAGAUAGGCUUGCCCUUGCUUUGUUCACUCCAGGAGGUGGAGCAAAUGGAAGCUGGGAGUCCUUCGGUCCCGGUGAUCAGCGGAACAAGCCGAGCACUACCGAUGCCUUCGCAGAGCUGGCCGGGAAGGCCGGGUGGGAGCUUGCAUUGGUGGAAACUGCCAGCAAUCUUUCGCAACAAAAGCAGGACACCUUAGCAGGUGGUUUCAAUCCUCUCCUUCUUGAUAGCAUGUAUGAGCAAGCGGAUGCUAACAGAAGGUUGGCCACCGUGCCCACCGGGAGUGAGAGCAGCGUCGCCAUUUCAACCGGCGCCGGAAGGCCCGCCUCGGGAGUAUUGGCCCUGCCAGCUCCAGUUGCGGUCGCGAUGCCUGGACAGGAUCCUUUCGCUGCCUCGCAAGUCGUCCCACCUCCGCCCUACGUACAAAUGUCGGACAUGCUGAAGAAACAACAGCUUCUUGCCCAAGAGCAGCAGAUGUGGCAGCAGUACCAAAACGAGGGAAUGCAAGGUUAUUACAGCAUGAUGAGAGUUUACAACAAUGGUCCAGUGUACUCACCUCCUCAAAAUUCUUUGGCGUUUCCCUACCAAGGUCACGGUACGCCACAAACGCAAUUUUCGUACCACUAACUAGAUGUGCCGCCAUUCAUUGUAGAAUUCUUAUUCAGCGGUACUGUGUAGAGUUUGUCUCACACAAAAUGCAGGAGACUGUUAGAUAGGCUAGGAUCCGCACUGAGGACGGGUCGUCUGCUUUCGUCAGUAAGGAGAAUUCCUUUUCUCUUUCACCGAAACGAAUCGAUGAUUUGCGCCAUUUCCAGGUCGGUAGCAGAGACUACUGCUUUUUCUGGACUAUUGUUUUUCCCUCAGAAGGGUCGAUGUUCUCAUACAGAUAUGUACAUUCUUUGCUCUUAUGAAAACGGUAGCGAUGAAAUGAAACGGCAGUGUUAGGACUGCUAAGUACUUGGCUUUAUAAUCUUCUGUACGAAUGCAUUACGCAGGAGACAUGCAUUUGCCAAUUAUUCAUUCCACAAUUUUAGUCUACUUGCGUACUUCUGAAUCCCUGUACACUCGAACCAUUGCAUACUCGACUAGCCUUGAUUCUUCUAUUCACAACCCGAAUUGUGAAACCACAUUUACUGCGUUUGUUCAGAACUUCACAGCGCUCGUUUCCAGAAUACAGUGUAACCACCAAACCAUAUGUGCUUUAUCAUAUGAAUGAAUACUCUUUUUACUCCAUGAGGAUUCGC